CUAGCUUCAACCCUGCGCUGUCAAUGGUGACUGUCAACUGCACCAUUAAAAGGGACAAAGACUGGCUCGGUAGUAGGAGCUGGUUUCUUGUUCCAACAGAAGCAGGGAAGUUGGGGUAGCUGUCCUUGUGGAAAAGGUCUCCCAAGACCUGAGGGCUUUUUGUGAAGAAGAGGUGGAUUUGGUUGAUGCUGGCAAGUGUUUGCUUCUUGUUGCAGUGGCUAAGGCCAUGAUUCAGCAGUUGUUUUCAAAACCUGUCAAGGCAAGACAAAGGAACAGAGAUUUGCAGUUAUUUGGGCUCUAUAUUGAAGGGUCUCAAUAGCCUUUUUGAUUCUGAACAUCAACAGAUGUUUUAAAGUUGGUGUUAUGGUGGGGUACUCCUUGUAUAAUAUGUAUUAUGCUGACACUCUGGGGGAUUUUUCGUCUGAAAGUGGAAAUACCACGACAGCUGUAAUAAAAGCAGUUCAGAACUGCACAAGUAAAGCAUGUAUGCUUCCUACCUUGCAGAUGUAUGUUAUUUUUGUAUACCUCUAGUUUUUAUUGAAUUCUAUUAGUUGUUUGUGUUGAUGAGUAAACAGAACUGGCACUGGAAUGCAGUUCUUUUCAAUAAAGCCAUUAUUUUGUUUAGUUUUGUUUUUUCCUAAAAUCCAUUCAUAUUUCAAGGUACUGGAAGGCAAAAUACUUUGAUGGCCAUCUUUGUAGUAUCUAUCCCUGAAUGAGUGAGGAAGUUAGCACUAUAUGAAAAAGUGAAGGCAGUGCAGUGAGCUUAGUUUUCCAUUUUUAUCUGUCAUAGAUGUAAAUAAUUCAAAUGUGCAAGCAUGGAACGAAUUUGGCAGUUUCAAACUGUGACUGCCUGAAUCUCAUAGGAUAAUGUUAAAAUUUCUUGUGUACUUCAAUUUGACAUUCUGUAGAAAAAGCUAAUCCAAAAGUAAAUGAGGAACUUAGGAAAAGAUUGCCAACUCCAAAUCAACACAGUUACACAGAAUUGAAAAAGAAACGUACAGCUUCAUUUGAGGGAUUCUUGUAAGGAGCUCAGAGUUCUGCGUUAUGAGCUCUGAAACGUUUAAGCAAAAACUGGACUCAGUGCCAGAUCAAACAAGUUCAGAAGAACAAAUGGAGAACUGGUCAAACGAAACACACAUCCUGGAACAGGAAGAAGAUGACUUUCGUGCUGAGUUUCAGUUUCAUCUGAAUUCUCAAAAAAACUCAGAAUUUUUCAUCCAGGCAGAAGCUGAAGCCCUGAAAAUUUCAGAUCUGCCAGUAACCAGUCAAAGAGGAGGCACCCCAUAUGACUGUAAUCCCAGUCCUGAGGAAUCAAGCAGUGUAGAAAGAAAGGCUAACAGGAUGCUCCCUGAAUUUGUAUCCUCAUGGAAUAAUGCUGCUGAUUUAGGUGGAAAAACAGAAACUUCAUUCCUUUUGAAAGAAUUGGACUCUCUGAGGGCAAAAAAUAAAAAGCUUGAAGAUAAGCUUUCUGAAAAGGACAAGGAGCUGAAGACCAUAAAACUGAACUUAGAACUGCAAGAGAGAGCUACAGAAGCUAAGAUUGCAGAAAAGAUUGCAGCUCUAGUGGAAGAAGUUUAUUCCGCUCAACGGGAACGUGACAAGGCUGUCAUGGCAAGGCUUAGAUUAGCCAAUGAAGAGAGAGAUGAAGCAUUUCUACGAGUCCAGCAUUUAGAAGAAUGUCUCAAAGAGCUAGAAAAUAUUAACCCUGAAGAAAAUGACAUGACAUUACAGGAAUUACUGAACAGAAUAAACAAUGCAGACACAGGGAUAGAUAUACUGAAGAAUGGAGCUAUAAUCCUGAAUCGAAUACACAGGACCAAAGAACGUAAAAAGAAAAUAAUAGCCGAGGAAAUGAAUGCAGUAAUAGAACAACGAGAUGCUGCUUUGUAUCAAUGCAAACGGCUGGAGCAGGAGCUUCAUCAUCUGAAAGAGCAGAACCAGACUUCAGCAAACAACACGAGACAUCUGACUGCUGAAAACAAUCAAGAACGUGCUCUGAAGGCAGAAUUGAUAACCCUGCAACAAGAAAAAGAGGCUGCUCUUCAACAGUGCAAAAAAUUAGAAGAAGAAAUCCAGACAUUGCAUGUUUAUUACAGCUUAUCCAAAUCUUUGCCUGAAGGAAAGAGUCUGCAGGAGCUUAACUGCACUUUCGGUACUUCUGAAGGUGGACUGCAAGGCAGAGCGGAUGUUGUUACCCUCACCUAUUGCCAGAUUGAAGAUCUGGCAGCUCAGCUGCAGCAAGCUCGAUCAGAGCAAAAGGACACAGAGCUGAAGCUCCAGAAGGCCCUGGAGGCUUCACAGGAGGCUAAUGAAGAAGUUCAGAAGUUGGAAAGGCUGGUGGACGUCCUGAGGAAGAAGGUUGGAGCAGGGACCAUUAGGACCGUGAUCUGAUUGAAAGCUCUAGUCUAAGGAAGCAUUCACAUCUGGUGACCAGGCUGCUUCAUUCAGCACUGUGUAAACACUAAAGCCUUAACUUAGCAAACAGUUGUUAGAAGUGGGACACUCCAGCGACAUUCCAAGCUGAGAUAAAAUCAAAUCAUAAAUGUUUAACUACUUUG